AUGACCAUCAACGGCACGAACGGCGCGACCAACGGUGCAGCGCACCCUGUCAAUGUCGAUGCCUUGCCCUCGAGGGCUGACGAAGUUGCCGAGCUGCUCGACGCCGUGCAGAACUUGCUGAUCCCAUUUAUUCGCGCCGCUGACGAAGAUGCUGCCAUCAAGCCCACUGGCCGUGGCCUGACAAUUGACGGCAGCGAGCCGCGCACCGUGCUUGUCGAAUCGCACCCGCCGAAGAAGCUUGAGUCGCUCCUUAAUUUACAAUUACCGGAAAAUGGUGUUGGGAAGGAGGGUUUGCUUGAUGUUGUGCAACGCAUCCUUCAGUACUCGGUCAACACAUGGGACCAGGGUUUUAUGGACAAACUCUACGCCUCCACGAAUGCUGUUCAUGUUUAUCAAGUCUCACCUGCCCUUGCCCUCAUCGAGAAGCAUACAACCACCCAGCUCGCCCACCUCUUCGGUUUCAACGGGCCGUACGCCGGCGGUAUCUCGCAGCCGGGCGGCUCAGCCUCCAACGCCACUUCGGUGGUCGUAGCACGCAACACUCUGUACCCGGAGACCAAGCGCAGCGGCAUCCACGGCUCGGACCGGCGCUUCGUCCUGUUCACGUCGGCCCACGGGCACUACAGCCUGGAGAAGGCGGCGCAGAUGUUCGGGUUCGGCAGCGACGCGGUGCGGGCGGUGCCGGUGGACGGCGACGGGCGGAUGGACGUGGCGGAGCUGGAGAAGAUGGUGGCGGCGGCCAAGGCGGGCGGCGAGACACCUUUCUACGUCAACGCGACGGCGGGCACGACGGUCAUGGGCUCGUUCGACCCGAUCGACGGCAUCGCCGACGUGUGCGCGCGCCACGGCCUGUGGCUGCACGUCGACGGCAGCUGGGGCGGGCCGGUCGCCUUCAACGCCGACGUGCGCAGGGAGCGGCUGCGCGGCGUCGAGCGCGCCGACAGCGUCGCCUUCACCCCCCACAAGAUGCUCGGCGUGCCCGUGACGUGCAGCUUCCUGCUCGCGAAGGACCUGCGCCACGUCCGCAAGGCCAUGACCCUGCCCGCCGGCUACCUCUUCCACAACGAGGACGAGCUCGAGGACACCAACGUGCUGUACGACCUCGCCGACUUCACGCCCCAGUGCGGCCGCAAGGGUGAGGCGCUGAAGCUGUUCCUGGCCUGGCUGAGCGCCGGCUCGGCGGGCUUCUCGGACCGCAUCCGGACUGCCUUCGAGCGCGGAGAGCUGCUGUACUCGCUGCUGGCAAAGUCGUCGAAUAUCUCCCUCGUGAGCAAGAGCCCCCUGCCUUGCUUGCAGGUCUGCUUUUACUAUGCCCCUGGCGGCCAGCUUGCCGCUGAUCCGGCGACGAACAGCAAGAGGACGGAGGAGAUUGCCAGGAGGCUCAUCAAGAGGGGUUGGAUGGUGGAUUUCGCUCCCGGCGAGAAGGGCAAGUUUUUCAGAGUCGUGGUCAAUGGAGAGACCAGGGUGGGCACGGUCGAAGGGCUGGUGAAGGCUGUGGAGGAGGUGGGUGCGGAGGUCGUUGGGGAAGAGUAA